GGCUGGGGAAAUGUGACGUCACUUUCCGCCCCCGACCAAUAAGAGGGCAGGAUUUCGCGCAUGCCUCUAAAGCCUUUUCAGAGCACUGUCGAGGCUCGCCAGUUCGGGCGAGGUGUCCCCAGGUGUGCAAGUACCCGCCAGUACAAACAAAAGUGGCACACGCGGGCGCACCAUGGUAAACGGCCCACAACCGAUACAUAUCAAAUAACGCACUGAUUAACUUACUAUAUCUAGUACUAAUAUACUCUACCUAUAAACUAUAUACUCUCGCGAUAUUUACACUUACUAUUGUGGAUUUGGGACAUUUAGGGGUUUAGUACUUUUUGGUAUAUUUUGGGGGGUCGGCUAGUUCUGUGGGGGGUGUUCGAAGUGUCGACCGUGGAGGCGGAAGGCGGUGCGCUGUUAGGGCGGCUGGGGGGCGCGCUGCGCGGGGGCGCCGCCGCCGCCUCGCCCGCGCGGGUCGCCAGCACCAUCAGGGGCUACCUCUCCAACAAGGUCGGCUCGCUGCAGCUCAGGGACACAGGUUCCGAACUCCCUCUCGAGGUCCCGCCGAAGGACGACGCGUAAAUGUGUGAGCGACACGCGAAUAUCACAACGAGGGCAACCCUAGCCCUCCUCUGAAGAUGAGCACAGGAGCCCACAACAGAUAGAAUCAUAUAAACGUGAUACAAAUAAUCCAAGAUGGCGGAGGGACCACAAUCGAUAUGGCAGAAGAUCGACAACGCGGUCAUCCCGAUGGUGAACCUGGAGGUGCGGGAGGUGCGGGAGAUACUGUGGGAGAAGAUCAAGGAGCCGACCUCGCAGAGGAAGAUCAUCCUGGUCAUUGUAUCCAUAGCGCUGUUACUAGACAACAUGUUGUACAUGGUGAUCGUACCCAUCAUUCCCGACUACCUAAGGUACAUUGGCGCCUGGGGCGAGGCAGGAUAUGACCAUGUAGUCACUCUAGCGCCCUACAAGGAAGGCAAUAAGACCAUCACACCGACCAAAAUCAUCCCAGCAUCACAUGAGGGCCAGGACUCAGCGACAGGCGUCCUGUUCGCGUCAAAGGCUAUCGUACAACUCAUGAUUAACCCAUUUUCUGGUGCCUUAAUCGACCGCAUCGGGUACGACGUGCCCAUGAUGAUCGGACUCAUCAUUAUGUUCCUCUCUACAUCGAUCUUCGCCUGCGGCCGGAGCUACAGCAUGCUGUUCUUUGCGAGGAGUUUGCAAGGCGUGGGCUCUGCCUUCGCUGAUACAUCGGGACUCGCGAUGAUAGCCGAUAGGUUUACUGAAGAAAAUGAGAGAUCUAAAGCUCUUGGGAUUGCCCUGGCCUUCAUCAGCUUUGGUUGCCUAGUCGCUCCCCCAUUCGGAGGUGCUUUGUACCAAUUCGCAGGAAAAGAGGUCCCAUUCUUGAUCCUAGCUUUGAUAUCAUUGAUGGACGGGUUCAUGCUGCUCCUGGUAAUGAAACCUCUAAAAACGCAAAUCAAAGAAGCUAGAGAGCCCAAACCCGAGAGUACUCCUAUCUGGAAGCUACUGAUGGAUCCUUACAUCGCGGUCUGCGCAGGCGCUCUGAUGAUGUCUAACGUAGCGUUGGCGUUCCUUGAGCCAACUAUAUCGCUAUGGAUGGAGGACAAUCUGACCAAAGACAAUUGGAAGAUCGGAAUGAUUUGGCUACCAGCGUUCUUCCCCCACGUACUCGGUGUGAUCAUUACUGUCAAAAUGGCAAAGAAGUAUCCUCAGCAGCAAUGGCUGAUGGCAGCCGGUGGUCUCGCAUUGGAAGGCUUGUGUUGCUUUAUAAUACCGUUCGCAAAUUCGUACAAAAUGUUGAUGAUACCUAUCUGUGGCAUUUGCUUCGGUAUUGCCCUCAUUGACACGGCGUUACUGCCUACUCUCGGUUACUUAGUCGACGUGCGAUAUUCAUCUGUGUACGGGAGCAUCUACGCCAUCGCCGAUAUAUCGUAUUCUUUCGCGUACGCUGUAGGACCCAUCAUUGCUGGAGAAGUGGUGGAAGCCAUAGGCUUCACCGCUUUGAACCUGUUCAUCGCAUUCAGCAACCUCUUGUACGCUCCAGUGCUCAUGUACCUCCGGCACAUCUACGACUUCAAGCCGUUUGAGAAUGAGGCCAACAUCCUCAUGGCUGACCCGCCAGACAAGGAGUAUCAGACCUACAGCUUGCAAGACCAGCGACCCGUAAAUGGGGAGUAUAAGAACCAUCUGGAGUACUCCAACGUGUCAGGGCAAGUGGCUGGGACUGAGGAAUCGAACGUAGAUUCGGGCGCUGGGUACAGCUAUGACCAGUCGUAUCAAGGAGGGUAUCAGAACUACAGCCAGGGGUAUGAGCAGCAGCAGCAGCAGCAGCCACAACAGGGCUACCAGCAGGAGUACCAGGAGCAGUACAGUCAACAGCGGCAGCUACCCGCGCAGCCGCAGGCUCCCGCCAGCAACCCGUUCCGCGCGGGUACCGCGGCGGCCGCGCCCGCGCCCGCACCAGCGCCCGCGGCGCAGCCCACUAUCAAAAACCCCUUCAGGCAAGGCUUCUAAAUUCACUCCAAAAUCAGUGUUGUUGUCGAUAUUUUUGAAUUUACUUGUUGUGUAAUUAUAAAUGUCCUAUUUGGGUAGACGUCAGCUGUCCGAUACAUUUUCUUGUGAUGUUAGUAGUCGAACUAUUUACAAGUUAAAAUACAAACUUCUAUUAAUUUACAAGUUAAAAGACAAAACGAUACAAUAGCUUGUAUGGUAACAUCGCAGGGCGGUGUAGCGGACACUUGACAAUAGUACUUCGAUCACUGAGCCGUAUUGUAUCGGCGCGUUAUUAUAUGUCUGAUAGAUGUCUAUACUAGCUGUGCUUGUAAUGUAGACUAUAUUCCGGGUCCAUUGGCAACACUACUUUUACAGAUUAAAUGAAGAAUAGUUAAUAUCUUAAAGAGAAGAAUGAAUUUUUUGUAAGGAUGCGUUAUACAAAGAAAUCUCAAAAUUUAUACAGAAAAAUAAUGAGUUACUUAAUACGCGUGUAGAUAAAUAUGUAUGGUCAAAGGAGCGUGGAAACAAUCAAAGGAGAAUGGUAAACUUAUGAUGGGAAACUAAAAGUACUGUUGCUAAACCCGUUGUUUUCUUGUUGAUUAAUAUUCUGAUAUAAACAACUGUUAUGCCUUUUAAUAGUAUAUAGAAUUAUAUCUGACGUGAGAAUUAUAUAAACUAUAACAAUUAUAUAACAUGUGUAUAAGAAGAUAUUCAAGUGUGGAGGUACAGCAAAUGCGGAGGACAACACAAGUACGCUACAUUUAACCAAGUUGGUGGAUAUACAACCCUAUUAUAAAGAUAAUAAGGAUCAAAAAUGUAUAUGAAAUCAGUACUCAGGUAAAGAUCCUCCGUUUUUGGCGUGUUUCUAUAAAUAUAGAUGUACUAAACUCGGGAAAAGAACCAUAUUUAAUGAAGAAUUCAAAUUCUAACUAUUAAAGUUUUUCCCACUGUUAUAUCGCUAAGUAGUCGAUAGCUAUAGUUUAAGGUAGAUAUUUUAAAAGUUCAGCACAAGUAUGAUACACGCACUCAUCACGUAAGGGCCUAAAUAUUUAUUUGUAACUCUCGGCACUUACUGGCGACCAUACAGUGUGUUGCCAGAACUGAAAUAUUAAUGAUAUUCAGACAACACCCUGUAGAGUACGCCUACCUAUCGUAACUGUCGCGUGAACGUUACGAUACCUGUACAUAAUCAUAAACAUAUCAAAAUAGUACUUAUCGUAAAUCAAUUAAAUCUCAAAAUGCGAUGUAUCUUAAAUAUAUUUUUAGAAAUUAUAAAUGUAUGUCGUAUGCUAACCCAGCAAUACUAAGCUAAGUAUCAUCAUAUCUCGCUUCGAUAUCAAUUAAUUCGAUAAAUAUCAAUUAUAAUAUCAAUUAGACAUAAUAUAGAGUUAGUCAACGUGAUAAGUUGCAACCAAGGUAACGAAACAUAUCAGAAUCUUUUGAUUCACGUAGAUUAAGUAAGCUUAUAUAGACUUAUACAUUAAUUAUAACAUUAUAUAUAUAAUUUACGAGGUAUAUUUUGUGUAAGUGUACAGUAGUUAGUAUGUGUUUCUGUCGUUGACUUUACUGAGGUAGGUUCGUACCAUCAGCACACAGCAUGGCGCUGUCGACAGGCCGGGGGGAGCGAACAGGGAACUCGGUAGACGAGGGGGCAUGAUUAAAUAUCGCAUGUCAAAAAUUAUAGAACUU